GCCACAGCCCACGGCUCAGCCCGCCGCCCUCUUCCCGCUGCUGGGCUUGAAAGCCAACAUCUGCAAAAGCACUUUGCUCUGUUGCUAAAACCUAAUGGGCGCUGGGUGCAGGGUGCUGGGUGCCCAUCCCCUCCUACUCAUGACACCUGUCCCCUGGCCAGGUUCUCGGUGAAGACCCUGCUGGAGAAAUACACAGCGGAGCCCAUCGAUGACUCCUCCGAGGAGUUCGUUAACUUUGCUGCCAUCCUUGAGCAGAUUCUCAGCCACCGCUUUAAAGGCCCCGUCAGCUGGUUCAGCUCGGAUGGACAGCGCGGGUUUUGGGACUACAUCCGCCUGGCCUGCAGCAAGGUCCCCAACAACUGCGUCAGCAGCAUCGAGAACAUGGAGAACAUCAGCACCUCCAGGGCCAAGGGCCGGGCCUGGAUCCGUGUGGCACUGAUGGAGAAGCGCAUGUCUGAGUACAUAUCCACAGCCCUGCGGGACACAGAGCGGGGCAGUGUGGAGAGCAGCACCAGCGAGGACAGCUCCCCCGAGCACCCCUACCUGCCCCUGGUCACCGACGAGGACAGCUGGUACAACAAGUGGCGCAAGAUGGAGCAGAAAUUUCGCAUCGUUUAUGCCCAAAAGGGGUACCUGGAGGAGCUGGUGCGGCUGCGGGAGUCGCAGCUGAAGGACCUGGAGGCGGAGAACAAGCGGCUGAAGCUGCGCCUGGAGGAGGUGAUGGUGCAGAACCAGCUGGAGAAGAGGGAGCUGGAGGGCGUCAUCCUGGAGCUGCAGGAGCAGCUGACGGGCCUGAUCCCCUGUGAGAACCCGCAGCUGGCCCAGCUCUCCAAGGAGAUGGUGACGCCCCUGGUGAACCAGUGGCCCUCGCUGGGGACCCUUAAUGGCAACGAGAGCGGCUCGGACAGCAAGCUCUACAGGAGGCACAGCUUCAUGAGCACCGACCAGCUCUCGGCCGAGAACAGCCUCAGCUCCGACUCCCAGCGCCUGGGCGAGGGCAAGCGCGAAGGCGAGCCCUGGGGGCCCUUGGGGAAGGACCCCACGCCCUCCAUGCUGGGGCUCUGCGGCUCCCUGGCCUCCCUGCCCAGCUGCAAGUCCCUGGCCAGCCUCAAGUCCAACGAGUGCCUGGUGAGCGACAGCACGGAAGCCAGCCCGACCCGCAGCCCCAGCUGAGACCCCCGGCCCCUUCGCCGCCCCACGGCCCAGCUGCCCGGCCCAGCGUCGCGGCGGAGGACUGACCUCGCGUCCCCCUCGCCA